AUGGCUACCCAAGACAUCUCCGCGCAUGGCUCGGAACCGCAACCAGUACCCAAGGAGGAGAUCCAGGACGAGCCCACUGGACAUCUAGACGAGGGCAAACUAAGACAGUUCUUCAUUGGAUCUAUAGAUCAAGGAACCACAAGUACUCGCUUCAUCAUCUUUGACGGCCUUGGUGAGCCUGUGGCGCAACACCAAAUUGAGUUCACCCAGAAGUAUCCCCAGUCCGGAUGGCACGAACACGACCCUAAAGAGAUUAUUACCUCGGUAGAGCAAUGCAUCGACAGAGCGACGAACAUCUUCCUAGACAAUGGUCACGAGAUCGAGGAUAUCAAGGCCAUUGGUAUUACCAACCAGCGUGAGACGACAGUCCUCUGGGACACCAACACCGGAGAACCCCUCUGUAAUGCAAUUGCCUGGCCAGAUACCAGAACCAAGGGAUUGGUCCGCGAACUGAAGGGACGGCCGGGCGCCGAUGAGCUGCAGAACAUAUGUGGGCUGCCGCUGUCGACGUACCCAUCAUCGGUGAAGCUUCGAUGGAUGCUUGACCAUGACGAAAACGUCAGGAAGGCGCACACCGUUCAGUACGAUGACAAGCUCUUGGAUUUCUUCGGGAUUGACCGUAAUAAGAUUAAACUGCCGGAGAUCGUGCCGUCAUCCUCGCCAGACGCUUUUGGCAGGCUCAGAUCCGGGAUACUGGAAGGCGUUCGCAUCGCAGGAUGUUUAGGUGACCAGUCCUCUGCUUUGGUCGGCCAACAAGGGUUUACACCCGGUUCUGCGAAGAACACGUAUGGUACCGGGUGCUUUUUGCUUUACAACGUGGGCGAGAAGCCUGUCAUUUCUACUCAUGGAUUGCUGGCCACCAUCGCGUAUGACUUUGGUGGGAAGCGAAAACCGGUUUAUGCAUUGGAAGGCAGUAUUGCGGUCGCAGGAAGUGGUGUCAAGUUCCUCAUGAACAACAUGGGCUUCAUUACACAUUCGCAUAAGAUCAGCGACCUGGCAGCCUCUGUCGAAGACAACGGUGGAUGUGUCUUUGUGACAGCCUUUAGUGGUCUUUUCGCCCCCUACUGGAUCGAUGAUGCCAAGGGCACUAUAUUUGGUAUUACCCAGUUCACUGAGCGGGGUCACAUCGCUCGCGCAACUCUGGAAGCGACUUGCUUCCAGACCAGGGCAAUCUUGGAUGCCAUGGAGCUGGAUAGUGGCCACAAGUUGAACAUGCUUGCAGUCGACGGAGGCAUGAGCAACUCAAACUUGUGCAUGCAGACACAAGCAAAUAUCAUCGGCAUUCCCGUAGAUCGACCUGCCAUGCGCGAGACUACCGCGUUGGGGGCAGCCAUUGCAGCUGGAUUCGCCGUCGGUGUAUGGAAAGAGUUUGAAGAGCUAAAGGAAAUUAAUCAGAAAGACCGGAUGGUGUUCAAGCCGAACGUUGGCAAAGAAGAGGGGGAGAAGAUGUUCAAGAAAUGGGGCAGGGCGGUCGAGAUGUGCCGUGGUUGGUUAGACGCCGGAGAAGCCAACGGAGAGUUCUCAUAAUUGGCACGUGCAUUGAAAGUCGAUAUAUCCGCAACUGGCUUCCUGUAUUUUAUCGGUUCCUUCGUACGAAGCAAAGAACUGAUUGUAACAAAAA